AUGCCGGACCAAAUAUUCCAGCCGAUCGACGUUGCCGCGUUGGAAAAGUAUGUGUGCCAAAAUAUGCCGCACAUCCGCGGCCCGAUUUGGGUAACUCAGUUGGGAUUUGAUCAGUCUAGUCCCACGUACUUUGUUAAAGAUCGCGUCGGAAAUAAACUCGUCAUGCGCAAAUACCCGCGCACUGCAUCCGGGUCAAAGGAUACGCAGAGAUGCGAGCGAGAAUAUCGCGUUCUUUGUGCCUUGGACUCGAUUGAGAUCCCUGUGCCUCAACCUCAUAUUCUGUGUGAAGAUCCACGUGUCCUUGGAACGCCAUUCCUCGUCAUGGAAUCGUUGGAUGGUCGGAUCUUUGAAGAUCCGACUUUGCCGGGUGUUUCACCCCAAGAGAGGCAUCUUAUGUGGCGUGAAAUAAUAACAGCACUAGCGAAAAUCCACGCCGUCGACAUCGACGCCAUGGACCUGAGCGAUUUAGGACCCCGAGAUAGCUUCUACAGCCGUCAGACUCAAAUCCUGAAAGAUACCGAGCACUUCCAACGCUCAGUCGUGGACACUAACACAAAGAACCCGGUCGGCAAAGUUCCCGGGAUAGAGGAAAUGCUCCACUUCCUUUCGGACAGGGAUUACCAGCCGCGAGACCGCGCAUGCCUUAUCCACGGCGACUUUAAAAUCAGCAACAUAGUCUUCCACGAGACAGAGCCCAGAAUUAUCGGAAUCCUCAACUGGAAAAACGCCACAAUCGGCCAUCCACUGUCUGAUAUUGCGAACCUUUUACAGCCGUGGACAAUUGUCCAGAUGUCUUCCAGUGCAGCUGAUCAGCUGUCCCUUCCAUUGCGUUCUGCAGCUAGUACUGUGGGUCUGCCGUCGAUCUCUGAGUGUCUUGGCUGGUAUGACAGCAUGGUGGGGUGGAACCCGCAGAAAGAGAUGAUGUGGGCAGAUGCCUUUGCGCUGUUUCGGAUGAGCGUGGCGCGACAAGGUAUCAAUGCAUGCUCUGCUGCUCGGAAAGACAAUGGU